AUGAGCAGCCAGCGCGUCCCAAUAGAGCCGCAGCGCGUAGACGCCCCGCUCACACAAUGCGCCACAUUCCUGGUGGUAUCCGUCACCACCAACCCUGACGCAAUGGAAACAGUGCAAUCGACGCUAUCAGGCCUUGACAGCCUAGCAAAGAAUGUUUCUAUCCGAGAUCUCAAUGCCCAAUUCGCCUGCACUGUCGGCAUCGGAAGUGAAAUCUGGGAUAACCUCACUGGUCUCCCCCGACCCGCUGAGCUACAUCCAUUCCGUGAGAUCCAAGGCGCAAAGCACACAGCAAUCUCCACACCUGGUGAUUUGCUCUUCCAUAUCCGCUCGGAGCGCCGUGAUAUAUGCUUUGAGUUUGAGCGCCAGUUGAUGGAUAGACUCGGUAAUGCGGUUACUGUAAUCGACGAAACAGUGGGCUUCCGCUACUUCGAUGUGCGCGACUUGCUUGGUUUCGUGGAUGGGACGGCCAACCCCGUCGGACCGGCUGUUCCGUCUUCGGUUCUUGUGGCGGAGGAAGAUGGCCCUGCUUCAGGUGGCAGUUACAUUGUGGUGCAGAAAUACACACACGAUCUACCCGGAUGGAAAGAUCUUUCGACGGAGCAGCAGGAGAAGAUCAUUGGUCGCACGAAGAUUGAUAAUGUUGAGCUUGAUGAUGCGGAGUCUGGACAGCGCUCGCAUAAGACGCUUAAUACGAUUGAGGAUGAGAACGGGAAUGAGCAUGAUAUCCUUCGUGACAAUAUGCCGUUUGGAUCGCCAGGCUCGAAGGAGUUUGGAACUUACUUCAUUGGAUAUACGCGUCGUCUGUGGGUUAUCGAGAAGAUGUUGGAGAAGAUGUUUGUUGGGGAUCCGCCUGGUCUGCAUGAUCGCAUCCUUGACUUUUCCAAGCCGCUUACUGGUACGACUUUCUUUGCACCUCCGGCGAGUUUGUUGGCUGGGCUUGGGUCAGAUUGA